AUGUCAGCUGAAGGUGGCGAAGCACCGCCGCCGGAUGCUGGACCGGCUGACAAUGAUGCUGGAGAAGCUGCUGCAGUCGAUGCUGCAGCAGCCGCAGCCUCAGGUGAUCGAGAGUCGGAUGUGGCGGAAACAGGAGAAAGAAUCGAUGAAAUCGUUAGAAGAAUAUCAAAUAAACAGUCAACACUCUUCAGGGCAUCAGGAGAUCAAGAAGUGGUGGUAGUUGACAGAACCGCGUUGGAAGCAAUCCUCGAUCUCGGCUCACGUUUGCAAGAUAUUCAGAAGAAAAGCAAAAUUUCAAUGAGCACGCUGGCACUGGCUCAAGAUUCGUAUAAACAGAAACAAGCGAAAGCUAAGGAAGCACGUAAUAAUCGCAUGGGUGGCAUAAAGACUCAGAGUAGAUUUUUGCUUGAGAAUGCAGCGUCGAUACUGGAUAAGUCAGUUGACUAUGUUCUGGAAGGUGUGUUUGAUGCGGAUGUUCAUAUAGAAUUGUUAGACAGCGCAGUGGUUGAAGGCGGUAGGAAUUGUAUUGUACUUUGUGACGCGUUGCUGCCUCCAGUAAAAAUGGAAACUGGACGAUUUAUCCCAAAUCAGAAGACUUGGAUGGAACGGACGUAUAUAUCGGACGCAUCUUCUAUAGCCACCCAGGGUCAAUGUAUAGCAAUGUACAGAAUAAAGAAUAAAGUAAUAGACAUGAAGAAUGUCGCUGAAGAUUACUAUCUAGUGUUUUUCGAUAUGAAUCCAGAGACUGAGAAUGUGGUAUCUGGUAUAUUUAAAACAAUGAGAGAAGUGUACGUGCCAGCUCUCAAGGCAUGCAAGGCUUGGGGAGAUAUCAACCCACCCAACCCGAGAAGUGAAGAUAUCAUUAAGACCUACAUAUCUAAGAUUAUGUUAUUUAUCGACUAUCUUGCAAAAACGAAGAUAGAUCUAGAUUGUUGUACCAAAUUUAAAAUUAACUUAAUUUUGUACGAAGAGGAGUUGUCAGAUCAAGAGAAGAUGAAAGCUGCUAUAACAAAGACACACGUUUUGGAAGAGAUUUGUAGUUAUGUUAAGCAAUGGGUCAAGCAAAUAACAAUGGUAUUAGUCCAAAGUCAGCAAUUGAGACGGGAGCCUUCUAACAUAGGGCCUCUUGCGGAGUUGGAUCACUGGCGACGCCAGCUUACCAGUUUUACGUCCAUUAUCGAGCACAUUAAGAGCGAUGCCUGUCAGAUGUACAUCCAUACAUUGUUAAGGGCAAAAUCAAAACUUAUUAAGAAAUGGAGAUUACUUGAUAAUCAAGUGACUGAUUAUUAUAAUGAAGCAUAUGAUAACGUCAAGUAUUUGUAUGCACUAGAAAAAUAUUGUGAACCAUUGUACAGAUGCGAUCCGCUGACAAUGCAGCAAUAUAUUCCUGGUCUCUUAUAUACUGUUCGCAUGAUAUUUGCUACGUCUCGGUACUACAACACGACGAAGCAAAUUUCCACCCUGCUGGUUAAAGUGACAAACCAAAUUCUGAACAUGUGUAUGGAUUACAUGACUAAUAAUGGCAAGAAAACUAUUUGGAAUCAGGAUAAAUUGAACUUCAUAAAGAAAGCAAAGCUUUGUUUGGGCUUGUAUAGCUUUUAUCGGGAGUGUUAUAGUGAAACUCAAAAAGAAAUGAUGGAAGCGGCAGAUGAAAGACCUUUUGAUUGCUCAGAAAUGUACAUUUUUGGGAAAUUCGAAACUUUUCGGAAAAGGUUGUUGAAGAUAAUUGAUUUGUUUCAAACGUACAUUACUUACUACGUCUUAAAUAAAUCGACUCUGGAAGGAAUCGAAGAAUACGCCGCUAACGUUAACAAAUUGUUUAAGCAAAUAUCAACUAAAACAUAUGAUGCCCUAGAUCACAGACGACCCGACUUUGACAAAGAUUACAAAAUAUACAAAGAUGCUAUUGCUAACCAAGAAUUAUUAUUGGAAAACUUCAUGAUAAGCAGUGUCAACAAAUGUCCAACUACAGAGAUAGCGUUGCAUUUACUAGCAAGAUUUGAGAAACUGAAACUGGAUUGUCUAUAUCUCGAAGAUCAAUACUACGACCUGAUUAGUACUUACACUUCGGAAAUAGAGUCCAUUAGAGAUAGGUAUAACGAAGAACGAGAGAACCCAGAGUUGCCCAGAAAUAUGCCGCCUGUAGCCGGCCGAGUUAUGUGGAUACGAUUUUAUGACAAGAAUAUCAAAGGACCUAUGGAAGAGUUCAAGAAACAGGAACUUAUUAUAACACACAUGAAUACUCAAAGGUGUAUCAAAUUGUUUAACGUGAUGAGCAUAGUUUUCACUGAAUUUGAAUUGAUAUACCACGACGCUUGGGCUGAAAAUGUCGGUCAGGUUCGAUUGGGUCUUAUAGCACCUUUACUGAUAAGACAUCCCACGACUAAUUUAUAUAUUGUGAAUUUCAAUCUGUUUAUUCCGGAAUGUAUCAGAGAGGUUGAGUAUAUGUGGCAGCUUGGAUUGAGUGUUCCGGAUGGUGCUCAAAUAGUAGCCUUUUGUAAAGAUAAAAUAUUAGGGGAUUUUGAAAGAAUGAAAUAUCUAGUUGAAAGGAACAAUGCCAUAAGAAGGAGUAUGCCUAAAUUGUAUUUGCCUUUACUACGAGCGCAACUAAUAAAGUUGGAGAAGGCUUUCCAGCCAGGGUUAUCUACUAUUACAUGGACGUCAUUAGAAAUACCAGCUUAUUGUGAGAACAUUGCGAAAGUGUUAGAUGAAGUGGAUCUUUUCGUAAAAGAGGUAGUUGAUAUGAAAGAAGCUAGAAUAGAUACUAUUUUACAGUCGAUAACAAAGACUCUUUUAGUGUAUCUACCUGAACAAGCAGUAGAUCCCACCGUGUUCUAUGAAGACAAUUUAGUCAGGAGAGAUGAAAUUGCAAAUGAGCUGCAGCAAAAAUCUUGGAAUGCUGAAGUUGCAGUUAUAGAAUUGAUCAAUAAAUUUUUGGACAGCGUGCCAUCUAAACAAAUAAAGGACCUCAAAGAUAAUUGGCUGGAUAUUGAAAAAGCAUUGAAACAAGUAACGUCGGCCACUAGAGUUUUUCCCGAAGAUGCAGCUUUUAUGGAAAUUGAAAAUCCAGAUCGGUUUGAUAUUGUGCCUACUUUAAACGAAUGCAAUGAACUAUUUGCAUAUUUUGCAACGAAAUGCUUAGAGGCUCUGAUUAAGUGUACUAGACAGAGUUUGGAUAUUUUGAGAAGAAGAGCGUCCGUUUCAAGUUUUUUGACGAUGACGACAGAUCCAGAAGAACAAAAAAAAUUGAAUCCGCUUAUGUUGACUAUGAUGUAUUUGGCGAUACCGCGUAUUCUGAUAAAACCAACACUGGAAGAGAUUCAGUCCUCUUUCUCUCAGGUAGUUCUGAACUGUGUUAUGGAUAUACAUCGCAAUGUGUUCAUGUGGGGACAACAAGAACUGUUAAAGAAACAAAAGUCAACAGGAGCAUCCUUGUUGGCCACACGGAGUAUCAGUGGAUCGAGAACGGGAUCUACUAUGGGAGGUAUAAGAAACUAUUUUAGAAUGGUGUCUGAACAUAAAGAUAUCGUGAGAUCGGUAAUGGCGCUCCAAGGGAUGAUGUACAUGUACAAACCUGAUAUAGAAAAGCUCUUGAAGACUUAUGGAAGAUUUGCUCAUUUAUGGGCAGAGGAUCGAGUUCAACAAGUACAAGAUUUUGUUGAUUCGAAUCCACUGAAUGUUAUAAUUAGGGACAUGCUUAAGAAAUACGAAAAUCAAACAGAAGAAGUCCUUAAUUUACCUGAGAGGCAUAUUAUUGGAUCAAUCGAAAUCAACAUGGAUAAAAUAAAGCUAGCACUUCAUUUGGAGUCGAUAGAGUGGAAACGAAUUCUGGGAAAGCUUUUAAGUCAUGCAUACAAAGAACGAGUAACGAAAAUGAUGCAGUUUAUUAAAGAUCGCAUGAAAACCAUGAGCAAGAAGAUAAAAGAUUUGGACGAUGUAAGAGUCGCCAUGAUGUGCCUCGAAAUGAUUCGAGAGGAGUUUAUAGGUAUGGACAUGGAAUUGGAUCUUAUAGAAGAAAGCUAUGCAACAUUUUAUCAAUUCAAUAUUGAUAUACCCAAAGAUGAUGCUGACCUAGUGCACGGACUUAGAUAUGCAUUCCAAACUAUGCUCACUACAUCCCAGCAAGUGCAGCAAAGGAUUGUGGAUAUGCAAGGUCCACUUCAGAAGGAACUAACAGAGGGUGUGGAUAGCUUCUUAUCAGACGUGUUGAAAUUUGACGCAGAUUACGAUUCUUUCGGUCCUAUGACGCCUGGUCUUUCUGCAAGAGAAGCUAGUGACAGAGUUAUUAUGUUCCAAGCCCGAUUUGACGAAUUAUGGCGAAGAUUUGAAAUGUACUCAAGUGGUGAAAAGUUGUUCGGUAUGGAAGUAAAAGACUACCCCAUACUGCAUGUUAAAAAGAAGGAAUUCAACUUGUUGAGCAAGUUGUAUUCUUUGUAUUUGGCAGUAAUGAAUACCAUCGAUGGCUAUUUCGAAACACCAUGGAAUGAAAUUGAUAUAGAACAGAUUGUUCAACAAUUAGCAGACUUUGAUAUAAGGUGCCGAAAAUUGCCGAGAGCUAUGAAAGAUUGGCCUGCUUAUAUAGAGUUAAAAGACAAGAUCGACGACUUCAACCAAACAUGUCCAUUACUUGAAUUGAUGGCUGACAAAUCCAUGAAAGACCGUCACUGGCGCAGAUUAGAAAAACUGCUUAAUUGCGUAUUGGACGUGGAAUCGGAAUCUUUCACGUUAGCUAAUGUGAUGGAAGCACCUCUUCUGAAAAACAAAGAAGAUGUUGAGGAUAUCUGCAUAAGUGCUGUAAAAGAAAAAGAUAUUGAAGCCAAGUUGAAACAAGUAAUCGCUGAUUGGGCAGUAAUAGAUCUUACAUUUGCUCCGUUCAAAAAUCGUGGCGAGCUUCUCAUCAAACCCCAGGAUACUCUUGAUAUUAUCACCUUGCUUGAAGACUCUUUGAUGAUCCUCAAUUCUUUAGCAUCAAACAGGUACAAUGCUCCAUUUAAGAAAGAUAUUGUGUUGUGGAUAAAUAAGUUGGUGGGCACUAGUGAGAUUUUAGAAAAAUGGCUACAAGUUCAAAACUUAUGGAUGUAUCUUGAGGCCGUAUUUGUUGGAGGUGAUAUUGCGAAACAGUUGCCUGCUGAAGCUAAACGUUUUAGUACGAUCGACAAGACUUACGUGAAGAUUAUGUAUCGUGCUCGAGAUAUCGUCAAUUGCGUAGAGACUUGCACUUCGGAUGACACUUUGAAGCAGCUCCUGCCCCACUUGUUUGAGCAGCUAGAAGCUUGCCAGAAAUCUCUCACUGGCUAUUUGGAGACAAAGAGGUUGAUUUUCCCUCGAUUCUUUUUUGUGUCAGAUCCUGUGCUUUUGGAGAUUUUGGGUCAGGCUUCGGAUCCACAUUCUAUACAGCCACAUUUGCCAAGUAUAUUUGAUGCCAUGUAUACUGUUGAUUUUGAUGAUAAAGAGAGGAUCAUCAAUAUGAACUCUGACAACGGAGAAACUAUACCACUCGAUCGACCAGUUGCAUGUCUUGGAGGCGUUGAGAUUUGGUUGAACGUCUUAUUAGACACAAUGAAAGACACAGUGAGGAAUGUAAUUGCUAACAUUGCUCAAACCAUGUCCGGAGAUCCAGAAUUUGAAUUCUUGUCAGGUUUUUGGCAUUUCCCUGGUCAGGCUGGAUUGUUAGGUAUGCAAAUCUUGUGGACCAGCGACGGAGAGUAUGCUCUAAAGAAAGCCAGAGUAGAUAAGUUUAUUAUGAGAUUAACCAACCAGAAGAACUUGGAUCUGCUCAAUGGCCUCAUUGAUCAAACAGUUAGGGAUUUAGAUCCCUUGGAUAGAACUAGGAUUGAGACGAUGAUCACUAUUCACGUACAUCAAAGGGAUAUCUUUGAUGAUCUAGUCAAAAUGAGAAUUAAAUCACCAAUAGAUUUUGAAUGGCAGAAACAGGCCCGAUUCUACUACUAUGAAGAUACUGACGAUUGUGUCGUUUCCAUUACCGAUGUAGAUUUCUUGUAUCAGAAUGAGUACUUGGGCAUCACUGAGCGUUUAGUAAUUACUCCUUUGACUGAUCGCUGUUAUAUCACAUUGUCACAAGCUAUUGGUAUGAGCAUGGGUGGGGCUCCAGCUGGUCCAGCUGGAACUGGUAAAACGGAAACUACGAAAGACAUGGCCCGUACGCUUGGAAAACUUGUUAUUGUAUUUAAUUGCUCUGACCAAAUGGAUUUCAGAGGUUUAGGUCGAAUUUAUAAAGGUUUAGCUCAAUCUGGAACUUGGGGUUGCUUUGAUGAGUUCAACAGAAUCGAGUUGCCUGUGUUGUCCGUAGCUGCACAGCAGAUUUACAUAUGCCUCACAGCCAGAAGAGAAAAGAAAGAGUUCUUCAUAUUUAGUGACGGCGAUACGGUGAGCUUGAAUCCAGAGUUUGCCUUUAUUAUAACUAUGAAUCCUGGUUAUGCUGGUCGCCAAGAACUACCCGAAAAUUUGAAAAUACAGUUCCGCUCUGUUGCAAUGAUGGUACCUGACCGACAAAUCAUUAUACGAGUCAAAUUAGCCAGCUGCGGUUUUAAAGAAAACAUUUUAUUGGCUCGUAAGUUCUUUACUUUAUAUAAAUUGUGCGAAGAGCAGCUUUCAAAGCAAGUGCAUUAUGAUUUCGGUCUUCGAAAUAUUUUAUCGGUAUUGAGAACAAUGGGCGCACAAAAACGAGCAAAUCCUGAGAGCACUGAAGAAAACAUAAUGAUGAGAGUUUUGAAGGAAAUGAAUGUGUCUAAGUUGGUUGAUGAAGAUGAACCUCUAUUUGUUUCUUUGAUUGAAGAUUUGUUCCCUGGCAUCAAACUGACUCAAACUGUUCAGAGGGAGAUGCAACGAGCAAUAGCAGUAGUAACUGAGCGUACUGGUCUAGUAAAUCAUCCUGAUUGGAAUUUGAAAAUAAUUCAAUUGUUUGAGACGUCCCUAGUACGGCACGGGCUGAUGACCAUGGGUCCAACAGGCUCCGGAAAGACAACAUGUAUACAUACUCUGAUGGCAGCUCUCACUGUGAUUGGAAAACCACAUCGUGAAAUGAGAAUGAACCCUAAGGCUAUAACGGCUCCGCAAAUGUUUGGUCGUUUAGAUGUAGCGACUAAUGACUGGACGGACGGAAUAUUCUCUACCUUGUGGAGGAGAGCUCUAAAAGUGAAGAAGUCUGACACGACAUGGAUUGUGUUAGAUGGUCCGGUUGACGCCGUAUGGAUAGAAAAUUUGAACUCCGUGUUGGAUGAUAAUAAAACGUUAACACUUGCGAAUGGUGACCGCAUCACAAUGGCUCAGAAUAGUAAACUGGUUUUCGAACCAGAUAACGUGGACAAUGCUUCACCUGCAACAGUUAGUCGAAUGGGAAUGGUAUUCCUUUCUUCCUCGGUUCUCAAGUGGCAGCCCAUAUUAGAGGGAUGGUUGAAAACAAGAUCACAGAAAGAAUCAGAUGCGUUCCGUAAUGCGUUUAAUAAAGUGUAUGAUGCAGUUCAUGUUUUCGUACAACAAAAAUUGACAACGAAAAUGAAGUUACUUGAAGCUAUUUACAUUAGACAAUGCAUAGAUGUGUUGAUUGGUCUUCUUCAAAUUGAAAUACCUGGUGGAAAAAUACACACGGAUCGUCAUCUAGAGCGUCUGUUCAUAUUCGCGAUGAUGUGGUCAUUGGGUGCCGUGUUAGAACUGGACGCUCGCACCCUUAUGGCUGAGUUUAUGAUGAAGUUGCCAGUGAAGAUGGACUGGCCUGGCGCAAAGUCCAAGGAGUGGGUCAUGCCAUUUGAGUAUAUGGUAACAGAAACUGGGGUUUGGCUACACUGGUCUGAGAGCGUAGAAGACUACAUUUACCCCUCUGACAGUAUUCCAGAGUAUGCCUCUAUUUUAGUACCAAAUGUUGAUAACGUAUGUAUUUCAUUCCUGAUUGAUACGAUUGCCAAGCAAAACAAGGCAGUGCUGCUCAUCGGUGAACAGGGUACUGCCAAAACAGUGAUGUUAAAGAGCUACAUGACAAAGUAUGACAAUGAGGUUAAGCUGUUUAAGAUGAUUAAUUUUUCGUCCGCAACUACUCCUAAUAUGUUUCAGAGGAUUAUUGAGUCUUACGUGGAAAAACGAGUGGGAAUGACUUAUGGUCCACCAGGGGGCAGAUCGAUGACUGUAUUUGUUGAUGAUAUCAAUAUGCCUGUGGUCAACGAGUGGGGAGAUCAGGUAACAAAUGAAAUAGUGCGUCAAAUGAUGGAAUGCGGAGGAUUUUAUUCUCUAGAUAAGCCCGGGGAUUUUAUUACUAUUGCUGGAAUACAGAUGUUUGGUGCUAUGAUACAUCCUGGUGGUGGCCGUAAUGAUAUUCCACCUCGCUUAAAACGACAAUUCAAUAUAUUUAAUUGUACACUACCUAGUACGGUUUCAAUGGAUAGGAUAUUUGAAACUAUAAGUGCAGGUUACUUUUGUAAAUCAAGAUUUGAUAAGAAAAUCGUCGAUUUUAUGCCGAAAUUGGUACCCGUUACACGAAUAAUUUGGCAGCAAACAAAGACUAAAAUGCUACCGACACCUGCGAAGUUUCACUAUGUUUUCAAUCUACGUGAUUUAUCUCGAAUUUGGGAAGGAAUUCUUUUUAUAAAGAAAGAAGAAUUGCAAUCUAUCAACACAGCACUCAAAUUAUGGUUCCAUGAGUGCUUGAGAGUAAUUUCAGAUAGAUUUACAACGUUCGAAGAUAAGGAUUGGUUCGUUGCAAACUUUUGGAAGACUGCUUCUCAAGAGCUGCCUGAUGUAGUCAGUGAAUUUCCUACAGAGGAAACAUUCUUCGUGAACUUCCUCAGGGAGCCUGUUGAUCCGACCGGGGAGGAAGAUGAGGAAGAUUUCAGUACUGAUGCCCCCAAAAUUUAUGAGGAGUUACCAUCAUGGGAUUUCGUACUUUCGAAGUUGGCUGGAUUCCAAGAUUUGUUCAACGAGCAAAUUCGAGGAGCUCAUUUGGAUUUGGUAUUCUUUCAUGACGCCAUGGUGCAUCUUUUCAUAAUAUCUAGGAUAAUAAACACGCCGCGAGGAAAUGCUUUGUUAGUUGGUGUUGGUGGAUCUGGCAAACAGAGUUUGACAAAAUUGGCUUCGCAUAUAGCAAAUUUUUCGUUUUAUCAAAUCACAUUAACAAGAUCUUAUAAUGUAAGUAACUUUAUGGAUGACAUUAAGAUCCUGUAUCGUAUAGCUGGACUACAGGGGCGUGGUAUUUCGUUUAUUUUCACCGAUAAUGAUAUCAAGGAUGAACAGUUUCUCGAGUUUCUAAAUAACAUCCUGAGCUCUGGCGAGAUUGCUAAUUUGUUUCCUAAGGAUGAGAUGGAUGAAAUAUUAAAUGAAUUAACACCGAUAAUGAAGAAAUAUGCACCUAAAAGAAUUCCAGUGCCGGAUGUUCUAUACGAAUACUUUAUCAUGCGUUCUAGAGCUAAUUUACAUGUUGUUUUGUGCUUUUCUCCGGUGGGUGAGAAAUUCCGUAGUAGAGCUUUGAAAUUUCCUGGAUUAAUAUCUGGUUCAGUAAUGGACUGGUUCCAAAAGUGGCCCAGAGAAGCAUUAAUUGAAGUGGCUCAUCAUUUCCUUCACGACUUUAAGGUGGUGUGCUCUGCAGAGGCUAAAACGCAACUUAUAGAAAUAAUGGGUAUGGUACAAGACAACGUGGCUGACACAUGCAUUACUUAUUAUGACAGGUUUAGGCGACAAGCUCACGUCACACCUAAGUCUUAUUUAUCAUUCCUCGCAGGGUACAAAGUAUUGUAUAAUGAAAAACAUGACAAUAUUGCUGAAAUGGCAAAACGAAUGACAACUGGCUUAGAUAAACUUGUGGAAGCUGCUGCAAGUGUUGAUAUAUUGAAGAAAGAAUUGGAAUUGAAGGAAGUCGAAAUUAAAGAGGCCACUGCUAAAGCUGAAGAGGUAUUGGCAGCCGUGGCCGAUUCUCAAGCUGCAGCUGAAGUAGUGAAAGCUGAAGUGUUGGAAGUGAAAGACCGGGCUGUAAAGCUCGUGAGCGUGAUUGCUGCUGAAACAGCCAUUGCUGAAGAGAAAUUAGCUGCCGCCAAGCCAGCUUUGGAUGCUGCUGAGGCAGCUUUACAGACAAUCAACGCAGCUGACAUAGCCACAGUGAGAAAAUUGGGAAAACCACCAUUCCUGAUUACGCUCAUUAUGGACGCUGUGAUACUGCUAUUUAGAAAGAAAAUUGACCCUAUCAGACCUGACCCCGAAAAGCAGUUUCUAACUGCAUCUUGGGCGGAAUCACUGAAGGUAAUGGCUGAUACAAGAUUUCUAAACAACUUGAAGUUUUAUCCCAAGGACGAAAUAAAUGCUGAGAUGGUUGAUUUGUUGCAACCUUAUUUCAAUUUUCCGCAAUAUACAUUUGAAGCUGCCAAAGUUGCUUGCGGUAAUGUGGCUGGUCUUAUCUCGUGGACCAUAGCCAUGGCGCAGUUCUACUCUGUCAAUAAGGAUGUAUUACCACUAAAGGCUAAUUUAGCAGUCAUGCAAGGCAAGUAUCAAGCAGCCAAAAAAGAGUUGGACGCGGCAGAGGCACAGUUAGAGGCAAAAGAGCGCGAGCUAGCAGACGUGCAAAGACAAUUUGACGAGGCGAUGACACUGAAACAAGCUGUAUUGGACGACGCAGCUAAAUGUCAACAGAAAAUGGACGCAGCUACUGCGCUUAUUAACGGCCUCAGCGGAGAGAGAAUACGAUGGACGGAGCAAUCAGCACUGUUUAAAUCUGAAAUAGAACGACUUGUUGGAGAUAUACUGUUAUUAGUAGGAUUUUUAUCCUACUCGGGUCCCUUCAACCAAGAAUUUAGAAACCAUUUAAUAACAUGCUGGCUAUCGGAACUGCUUAAACGGAAAAUACCUGUUUCUAUGAAUUUGAACAUUACUGAACAGUUAACCGAUACUGCUACUAUUGGUGAAUGGAACUUAUGUGGAUUACCAACAGACGAACUGUCUAUACAAAACGGUAUUAUUGUAACAAAAGCUUCUCGAUUCCCGCUACUAAUUGACCCCCAAACACAAGGCAAGAUAUGGAUAAAGAACAUGGAGAGAUAUAACGACCUCAUUGUCACCACACUUAAUCAUAAAUAUUUCAGAAAUCACAUCGAGGAUUGCGUCUCGCUUGGAAGACCUCUGUUGAUAGAGGAUGUUGCUGAGGAAUUAGAUCCAGCUCUAGAUAACAUUCUUGAGCGAAACUAUAUCAAGAUCGGUUCCUCCUUCAAAGUGAAAUUGGGAGAUAAAGAAAUUGAUGUGACAGCAGGACAUAGAAUAUACAUAACCACGAAACUUCCUAAUCCUGCGUAUACUCCUGAGGUUUCUGCUCGUACCUCCAUUAUUGAUUUUACUGUCACCAUGCAAGGUCUGGAAGACCAGCUGUUGGGACGUGUAAUUUUGACGGAGAAGGCAGAGAUGGAAGCUGAGCGUACUCAGCUGAUCAUGGACGUGACAGCAAACAGACGUAAGAUGCAGGAGCUUGAAGCAAACUUGCUGCACAAGCUUACCACUAUUCAAGGCUCGUUAGUGGAAGAUGUUUCACUGAUUCAGGUGUUAAAUAUUACAAAAGCGACAGCGACGGAGGUGAAAGAAAAAUUGGACGUGGCUAAGGAGACGGAGAUGAAGAUUAAUUUGGCUCGCGAAGAGUUUCGUCCAGUGGCCACUCGCGGUUCCGUGCUUUAUUUCCUAAUUUGCAACAUGUCGCUCGUGUGCAAUAUGUAUCAAACAUCACUGGCGCAGUUUUUGGAGCGUUUCGACAUUUCUAUGGAGAGGUCUCCUCAAAGCCCGAUCACGAGUAGGAGAAUUGGUUUUAUCAUCGAUUAUUUGACAUUUGACGUUUUUAAGUAUAUAAGUAGAGGUUUUUACGAGGUACAUAAGUACUUGUUUACGUUACUUCUUACGUUGAAGAUUGAUAUGCAAAAGGAGUAUGUCUCAUAUGAAGAGUUUCAAACAUUUAUCAAAGGUGGCGCUGCGUUAGAUCUUAACGCUUGUCCACCGAAACCCUUCAAGUGGGUCACCGAUAUGUCCUGGCUGAAUUUGGUGCAGUUAUCAUCGUUGCGUCAGUUUACCAAUAUUCUCAACCAAGUCUGCAACAAUGAGAAGGGUUGGAAGUCUUGGUUCGAUAAGGAAGCGCCCGAAGAUGAACCUUUACCAGAUGGAUAUCAUACUCUUGACGUAUUCAGAAAACUAUUAAUAGUAAGAGCAUGGUGUCCUGAUAGAACACUCGCUCAGAGUUUGAAAUACGUCGAGUAUUCGAUGGGAUCCCGGUAUACUGAAGCUGUUAUAGUGAACUAUGAGCAUAUGGUUUUGGAAUCUCGUCCCUUAGUACCGCUAAUUGGAUUCUUGGCUAUGGGUUCUGAUCCUACGCCAUCAAUUGAGACAACCGCUAAGAGAAUGGAGUGCGUUUGCUCGUCCAUAUCGAUGGGACAGGGACAGGAAAUUCAUGCCAGAAAACUCAUAGAUCGUGCUCUAAAAGAGGGUCUUUGGGUUCUAUUACAAAAUUGCCAUUUGGGCUUGGAAUAUAUGGUAGAAGUAAUGGAGCAAUUUGGUGAACUAGAGAAAGAUACGGAGAAAAUCCACGAGACAUUCAGAUUAUUUAUUACAACUGAGGUUCACCCGAAGUUCCCAAUUACAAUGUUACAAAUGUCUAUCAAAUAUACAUGUGAGCCACCAUCAGGUAUCAAAGCUAGUCUCAUGAGGACAUAUGAUUCAAUGAGCCAGGACUUCUUGGAUUACAGUGAUAGUCCUUUUUAUCUGCCACUUAUAUAUGUCAUCUCUUUCUUGCACACUGUGGUCCAAGAGAGACGUAAGUUCGGCCCUCUAGGGUGGAAUAUUCCAUACGAGUUCAACUCGGCAGAUUGGUUAGCUUCAUGUAUGUUCGUCCAAAAUCACUUGGACAGCUUAGAACCGGGACAAGGAAUCAGCUGGACAACUGUGAGAUACAUGGUUUCAGCAGUGCAGUAUGGUGGUAGAGUAACAGAUGACUACGACAAUCGCCUUCUGGUCACCUUUACCAAAGUUUGGUUUUCGGACCAACUGUUUAGUGAUGACUUCCAGUUCUACAAGGGCUAUGGAAUUAUGAAGUUCAAAAAUAUUGCUGAAUAUAUUGAGGAGAUAGAAAAGAUGAAAACUGUUGAUCCACCACAAGCUUACGGAUUGCACACUAAUGCUGAUAUCACAUAUCAGCGCAAUGUAACCCAAGAUUUGUUAGACACGAUAUUGUCUAUUCAGCCCAAAGAGUCUAGCUCUGGCGGCGGUGAAACACGAGAAGCUUCAGUAUAUAGGCAAUCUAAAGAAAUGCUGGAGAAAGUGCCACCUAAUUUCGAUCCUCAUGAAGUUAAAGAAAGAUUGAAGCUGUAUGGAAUGUACAAUUCUAUGGUAAUCUUUUUGCGCCAAGAAAUUGAUAGAAUGCAAAAAGUAAUAUCUUUAGUGAGAACAACACUAAAAGAUUUACUACUUGCUAUUGAUGGCACUAUCAUUAUGAACGAGGCAUUGCGGGAUUCGCUUGAUAAUAUUUACGAUGCAAAAGUACCGAAUAUCUGGUUGAGGAGUUCUUGGUCUUCGUCUACCCUCGGAUUCUGGUUCACGGAGUUUUUGGAGAGGAAUAUUCAGUUUUCCACGUGGUGCUUCCAGGCGAGACCGUUUUCUUUUUGGAUGACAGGUUUCUUUAAUCCGCAAGGUUUCUUGACGGCAAUGCGGCAGGAGGUAACACGUGCACACAAAGGCUGGGCGUUAGAUAUGGUGUCUCUACAUAAUGACGUCACUAAAAACAUUUACGAGGAAAUCAAAGCUCCUCCUGCGGAAGGGGUCUUCAUUCACGGAUUAUUUUUGGAUGGUGCCGGCUGGGACCGGCGUAAUCUGCGGCUCUGUGAAUCGACUCUCAAAAUGCUGUAUACAGCGUUGCCAGUCGUUCAUGUUUAUGCUAUCAACUCGACGGCACCAAAGGAUCCUAAACUUUAUCAGUGUCCGGUAUAUAAGAAGCCGGUUCGUACUGGGUUGACUUUCAUCACUCCACUGUGGCUGCCCACUAUUAAAAAUCCUGACCAUUGGAUUCUAAGGGGUGUAGCCAUUUUAUGCGACAUCAAGUAAAAUCGAUAUGACACAGUUUUCACACUGUUAUUGAAUUUGUAAACUUCAAGAUGUACUUUUUAUUAACUGAUCAUACUGUGAUAGAGUAAUAGGUGCUGAUCUUUGCCACUAAAUGCUUGCUUAUUCGUUAUUGUUAUUGUUAGUCGUAGUAACUUAUAUUUAUUUUAUAGUUUAUAGUCGGUUUUAUUUCGCAUCGAAUAAAUCAUACUUAUUAAAGUCUAUAGUUGUUUCUUCGUUCAAGGAUGAUGAUUGAAAGAUACAGUAAAAUGAAAUUAUGUUUAAUAAUUUAUUUACAAAACAUAUCAAAUGUAAUUCACAAUACUGCACAUGUGAUUGAAUAUAAUUCGCAUGAUUGCCUUUACAUUGAAAAUGGCUAUAGCCGAUGCCGAUGAGUAAAUGUAGAUAUUGUUAUUGAAAAAAGUGGAACAUUGAAAUAAAUAAUGACCAAUAGAAAUAAUAACAUUAUCAUUGCAACAAUUUUAUAUGGACGGACCUGAUUCGCUGUAUGUUUAAAUGUAAUCACAUAAUGGAAGCUUCAUUUAUUUAUAAGCCUGGCACUUUACAUGAGUAUUCCUUUUUGCUUUAGCAAAAUUUGACAACAGACUCCUUUUCAUUCCCUAUAGAGAUAGAUGAUAAGGAUUACGGCAGUUGCCCCACCGCCGGCGAGGAAACGACUAACUAUCGACUAUUUUAACGCUGAAGAAAUGUAUUAUAUAUAUAUAUAUAUAUAUAUAUAUAUAUAUAUAUAUAUAUACAUUCCGUGUAAAGAAAAUUGAUGCAUAUAUUCAUAGUUGAUCGCUGACCGUUCACAUCGCGCGCGAAAAGUCACUCCACUAAUACGUGGCUAAACGACAAGACCUGUCAAAGAUAAUAUUCGCGUUACUGGCUUGGAGGAACGCGUGCGUGCAUUUUGCUUAAAUCUGUCACCGCAAGCGAGUGGCGCGAGUAAUGGUCCGUAGUACUCGGGCACUUGCUUAAAACAAGCAGGAACAAACCAUCGACCAAAUAAAACAGGGAGAAAAAAGACAGCCCUUGCUGAGUUUCUUGCCGGUUCUUCUCAAUACAAGGUCUCCCGCCGUAGAUUUACGAACCGAUGUCGUAGCUUCUAGACAUUCAUAUGUGCUUGUAACAGCCUAAACUGAAUAAGUGAUUUUGAUUAUGAUUAUUAUGAUUAUCGGAGGUACAGACUCGCUUCUCUCUGAUCGUCAGCUAGUUUCUGUCUCUACUAGCUUCCCGUUCAACGUCGGCAGUGGGACUAGUGCCCACCGCUGUCAAUUUACGGACAGUUUCUAUAACCAAUCUUCAAUAGGAGAUAGGCCUAUUAGAGCUUUGCUGCCGAAAUAUUUUAUUAUUUAGAUUAAAAUGACAACUGUUGCUAAGUGACGGAACCAGAAUAAGCCUAACUUUUACUAGAAAUUGAAUAUUAAAACUGACCGUUAGCUACGGCAUAUACGAAUAGUCAUGGGAAAUGCUAGCAUAAGAAAUUGGUGAGAAUUCUGUACGGCAAUAAGGUCAACAUUUUAACAUCUUAAUCGGAAAUGGGCAUAACAAUCGUAUAAAUUUUUCUGGCACUUUGAUCAACAUAAUAUUUUUGUGCUAUUGAUAUUAACAUCCGAUUAAGUCAUUAAUUUCACCUUUUGAAUCCUAUCACUUCUAAUUUUGAUAUGUGGUAGCAUUAGAUUGUUUAACAUUAUGGCAUUUGUCUGCUUUCACAUUACAUUUCAGACAAAUUUAUUAAAGUUUUCCAUAUACCUAAAGCUUUGGCAGAGGCAGGUAUUUGUAGUCAGUUAAUAAUUAUGUACAAAAUGUACGGUACCACGUUCAGUACCUAUUUUAUAUCAGUCUAUUUAUUAAUGAACUAUCUGUCAAUAUGUCGAUUAAAUAAAGUGGAUUUUGAUCACUAUUGACAUUGCAUAUAAUGUUUAAGUCAUACUGAUUAUGUACAUAGAUUAACGAGAUCUAGUAUUAAAUGAAAUUAUAACAAUAUCAUUAAGUAACAGUUUCAAUAUAGUUAAGUAUUUAUAGUAAACGAUACAGUCUUAUGGUAUUCACAAUAUACAAAGCUAACAAACAUUUAGCAUAACAUGAUUGACUAUAAUUACUUAGCAUCAUACUGUAACUACAUAACAUUAACCAUGCAACAUAAUGCAUUAGCACAAUAAUAAUAAUACCCAAUAAUCCAUAAACUAGAAUAUUGUGCACAACGAACAUUUCAUAGAAGUAAUUUAAUAUAAUUUACAAAAGAUCGUUGUACCAACGAUUCGUCAAUUAAAAAUAAAAUAAGAAAUGUUUUAUGUCUACGAGAUUUCGCCUUUGGCUAAAUACCUAAAAAAGUAAGAAUGUUUUAUUGCACUGAAUAAUAAUAAUACUCUUUGGAGUACAGGGCUCGGAAGUAUUAUUCCUUUUUGCCAUCGCCACGAAAAUUCCCAAGAGGUUCCACCGAUCUGGACCUAGGUGCUCUGAAAUAAAAAUAAUAAUAUGGUCAUGUGCCUUUCUUAUUUACUUACUUGAAAUUAGUAAAACAAUCGUGCAUUCUUUGAAGCUGACAUAUUUAACUGUACUCUAAGCAGUUUUAAAAUGUAAAAUAUUUGAUAAACUUGUAUUGUAAAUAAUUACUUAUAUUUUUUUAAGGAUAAUUUUGUAUUGUUAUUUUUAUCUUAAAUUUAAAAGUAUCAACCUUUCUUUAUUUCAAUUGAUUCGAUCUUGAUGAUUAACAAUUUCUCAAAUACAGUCCUGACAACGAUCAUCAUUUGUUAAUACAUAAAAAGUAAUAGUGGGAACACAUUUCCCAUUAUACUGUAAUUAGAUUAGGUUAAUUUAUGUUAUAACUGAAUUGUGCCAGAAUAAAAAGAAAAAAAAUGUAAUUUAACUAAUUACCUUCUUCUAGAAAGCGUCAAUUCAAUCUUCCCUUCUUUAACUUGCUUGAAAAGAGAAAUAGCGCCUGCAUGGCUCAGCCCGCGCGUUGGAACGUUAUUUACAGACAAAAUCUCAUCACCUAAAACAUAAAAUGCAUGUUAAAAACGAUGACGUAUUUGAACUUUAAAUUUUUCUUCACAGAUUGAGAUUAGACUUACCUUCGAAUAUACUACCCGUGUCAGCAGCUUGGCCGUUAGGGAAAACAGUUUUUACAAAUAUUCCCAUUUGCCCUUUUGGUGAAUCCGUCCCUCCUACUAUACUGAAACCAAGACUCUUAUGACCUGGACCUUUCCAAAAUUCCACUCUUUGUAUGGAAUUGUGGGAAUAGUGACCUCCGUGUUGGCCUUCAUGAAGAGAUGCCGUGUAUUCUUGACGUCUUGACAUGUGAGAAUUGUGAUUCGGCGAACAUCUUUGUGAGCCAACUCUACUGAAAAAUCUACUUCGACUACUGUUCCUCAGUUGUUCUGGAAUACUUUCAAAAGACCUGUUUUGAUACAACCUUGGAACAUGUUUUAUGUAGUGAGGAGAAUUUUCUUUAAUUUCGUUGGUAGUAUUAUCAUUACAACCUGGAUAUCCUACUAUUGGUAACCCUCUAGAGUUGUGGAGUGAUAUAGGCCUAUAGCUGUUGUGCUGAUUUCUAGGCGUCGGUGAAGAUCGCAUCGAGAUUUCAAUAUUCGUUACGUUUUGCAAAGAUGAUGUCGUCUGGGCGUAGGUGUUCUUUUCUAAUAAUUUUUCGUCGUCGCUUUUGUGACUGGGAUGAAUCAAUCCAUUAUUUACUUGUACACCAACUUCGCAUUUAUUUUGUGAUUCAUUUCUGUUCAUAUUGGGGUCUGGUAUUCCUUGGCCUCUGGUUUGUUUUGCAUUGUAAUAUUGGUUGUCACUUGGAAAAUGGGUUUCAAUAGUUAUUUGAUGAGAAGAUGAUGGUUUGUGCACUGUUUGUGAAAUAAUAUCUGGUGGUACAUUCGAUGGUGAUGAUUUUACGGGGCUUGUUUCAUUAGAUUGACUGUUCAUAAUACGGUUUAAGCUUAUUGGUGUUAUUUCAUCAUGAGCCAUUACAAGAUCUACUUGAUAUCUUUGAAAUAAUGACCCAUCUUCCGUUGUAGCUUCAGUUGAACACGAGUUUACGAUGUGCUGAACUUCUUUCAAAGAUGAUAAGCCACGUAAAACUCUGCCAUUUACAUUAACUAUUUCAUCACCAAUCCUUAGUCUGCCAUCCCUGUGCGCUAUUCCAUCAAAGUCUAGUUUCACGACGAUGUACCUUAUUUCGUAAUUUGAUCCAGUACUGUCAAAGUCUACCCUAUGUUGCGCCAAAUAUACUCCUAAACUUUCGUCUAAUCUUGAUUUCAACAAUCUUAUUUUUCGAAAUCGUUUUGUGCAUGGUCCUCGACCAAAAAUAUCUAUUUCUGAUACUGAAUUUUCUGAUUUCAUCUCUUUUAUGGAACCUUUACAAUUAAUAGAAUUCAUUGUGUUUUCUAUUUGAUUAUAUAAUUUAUUUUUCCUUGUUUGAACACGGUCAUCCAGUGUAAUAGUUUUGUAAAUAUAUGGCGCUUUUUUGUUUACAGUCUUUUUCGGCAGUGGCGGUGGUUUGCCAUCACUGUGUUCUAAAGUACUAUGAGGAUUUAUUUUGGUAACGCUAUAAUUAUCAUUAUUUUCCCGGUUUAUAUUUUCAUAUUCGUAUGCAGUUCCUUUUUCAAUAGGAAAUAAUGCACAUGGAGUAGAACUUCUUCUCAUAGGAAUCUGAACUCUACUUAUAUUGAUUUUAUGGUUAAAGCUUAACUGUCUUGAGAAAGGACUAUGAUUAACCUCAGAGUUAAUUUCAUUGUCCCUUCGAAUGGAGCUAGAAGACAAGUGACAAGAAUAACCUGGUGGAGAAUGAUUGCUAUGUUCAUCAGUUGGACGACCAUCACUAUCGUAUCCAGAUUCAUUGGAACUAACAUAGUUACUUAAGCGAUGUGCUUGUAGAACUUCACCAGUCUCUGGGCCAUGAUGAAUGCUUUGUGAUGAAGAUGCUAGUUCAGCUUUUAAAUCUCUCAUGGAUCCCAAAAUAGAGUUAUACUCAUAGACCGGUAAACUAUUUCUGUUUCUUGGAAUGAGCAUAGGAUCAUAAUCCAGAGGAGGCCGAUGCGAUAUCAUUGAAGAUCGCCUUGGUGUAUCAUCUAUUCGUCGUAUUGGGUACAUAUUACUAUCUAUCUCAUUGAUGCUUCUCAUAGAACUUCUGGAGAAAUCAUAGUCAUUUCUUAAUGCACUAUUUAGUAACAUGUUGUCUUCAUGGAUGGAGAUACUGUCACUACUUUGGUAUCGUUCUUCAGAUCUUGCAUUACUUAAAUAUAAUCUUUCUCUUCUGAAUUUGGGAGAUUUACGAUCCAAUCUUUCCGAAAAACUUUGUCUAACACAGUUGGCUCUUUGUUGUGAGGAUAUACUAUUCUCUUCUGGUAAAACUGAUAACUUUGACCUUAAAAAUGCAUAUGGAAAGUUGGGUUUUUUGCAUGUACUGUUAUUAGUUUGUCCGUCCAAAUUAGGAAUAUUGUCACAACUAAUAGCCUUUGUUGAAACUGUUGUUAACUUGUCUUCUAUUAGCACAUCGGUUUGUUUAGUUGGAGAAUUUUUAUUCUCAUUAUCUGCAUUUUGUAGAUCAAUGUCAUCGGAAGGAUCAUCAGCUUUUACAUAAGUUGAGAGAUGUGAAGUAGAACAACUACGAUACAGGGACGGUCCAUUAGCAACAGGAUAAUUUUCAUUAUUUUUAUGCACAUUUAGAGAUUGAGAUUUCGAAGAAUUUAACAUUCCAGUGGAUCCCAUUCUAUGGAAAAAAGAUUUGAAAGGACUAGGAGAUCUGUCCCUUGAAGUGCUUCGAAUGGAAUCCGUGUCACUAUCCUUCUUUAGUGAAGUUGAAUCAGAACUGCUUCGACCCAUUUUCCAAUGUUGUUUCUUUUUAUAUUGACCAGAUAUCGUGGAAUGAGUUGAGGAAUCAUCUCGGAAGUUUUCACUGGGCGGAGAUUCGUCACUAGCUUCUUUUGCGUCAACUUUUUUCAGCAUAUCUAAUUUUUUCCCCAUUCUUCGACCCCACGUUGCGAAUACUGAAAUAAGGAAACAUUAAUUUACA